AUGAAUCCUGCUUCCAGAAUAUGGGAUAUACCUCCCCCUCCUGGGACAGAGGAUAUUGAUUUGGAACCCGUAGCGGAGCUGAAGAAAGAACCGGAAGCAGAGCCUGAACCAGAACCGAAAAAAGAAAUUGAUACGCCGCCGAAAGAAAAGUCUGUGGAAAAGGAGGAGGAUAAACCCCCAGAGCGCCCUAUAGAUCGUUUUAAUCCAUAUUUAAAAAAUCCUGAAUAUAUAGAGUAUGAGAAAAGGCGUCAAGAGCGCAAACAGAGGUCUAGAUCGCGUAGCCAUUCCAGGGAUAGAUACCACAGGCGAAGAUAUUCCAGGAGUAGAUCAAGAGACCGUUAUCGUAGGUCAAGGUCGCGCUCGCGUCGCAGGAGAAGACGCUAUAGUUCCUCAAAAAGUCGAUCACGUUCACCCUCGCAUCAUCGCCGACACAAGUACAGUAGACGAAGACGUUCCGUGUCCAAACAUUCUCGAUCCAGAUCUAAAUCGAAAAGUGCCUCGAGAUCACGUCAUGGUUCACGAAGGCCCAAAACCCACAAAGACAAGAAAUCCCGAUCGAAAUCACCACCGAACAAGCCUAUCGAAGAAAAAAUACCUGACGUUGACACCCACGAGGUUGACAUGAAGAUCGAGGAAGAGGAAGAUGAUGCAAACAAAGACAACGUAUUCAAAAACGAUGGCAGUUUUCUGGAGAUGUUCAAAAAGAUGCAGGAGCAGCAAAAGGUGAAGGAGGAGCCACCCACCCCUUUAGAUGUAAUUAAAAGAGCCCCUCCCGUUUUCGGAAAAAGACGUGGAGGGAAAGUUUUGAAAACAGGCUUAGUCCAAAAGGUUAGACUACCGAAUGAGGAGGACAAUAGUUCACAAGAUGCUUGGUCGGUGUAUAUGAAAGAAGUGCGAAAGUACAAAGAAGCCUGUUGUGACGACGAUUCGAAAACUAGACCUCUGGUUAAAUGA